AUUGCUGUAGUGCCAAGUGGGUCCCGCUCGGGUGCAGAAACAGUGAAGAAGAUGAGGGGUAGCCUAGAAAUAUAUACCCGAUAGAGCAGCUAAUAUGUCGUUAGGGUUGUCCCCUGUUUCUGCCGCCACUCCAUCAUCUGAGCGGAUUGCCUCGGGGGAGAGAGCACGAAAGGGGCGGCCGCCUGGCACAUGGUCGAAACAGAAACUCGCUCCUCUUGGCGAAUGGAUGAACACGUCAGCGGGACUAGCAUUUACACCACAUGUACUACACGUUAGAGUCGGAGAGAUAUUACGGCAAAAAUACUGGCAUUUGCACGACAGCGACCGAGAUGUUUAUGCAUCAUGUCAGCUGAGAUCAAUGUGCAGGCUAAGACAAAAUGCCUGCUGAGGAAUAUCCACAUAUGAUUCUGUACUUUAAUUAUUACAGAAAUCCGAGGUUCUUGAAGACACCGAUGAUUGUUAACGGAGUUGGGAAUCGUCACCACGGAGGGGAGAAGGCAUUUUGCAGUCCAGAAUGCCGGUCUAGGCAAACCUCGAUUGAUGAACAGAGCGAUAGGUUGCGUCGCUGUGCGGCGAAGAAGAAGAGGGAGUACUCUGUUUCGCCCUGCUCUGGUAAACUUGAGUUUAUAGCAAAAAUCAAAGUUACGGCAAAAAUUGUAAAUCAUAAGAUUUUAAGCUCGGUAUUGUGAAUUUUCGUAAAUGAGUCACACACGAUUACGGCUGAGGAGUCGCAGCAUGUUGCAUUGGUGGUGGAUAUUUCGGAUAUUGCAAGAGAAAUCCACUUUGGGGUCAAAUUUGCAAUUUGGGUGGAGCUGGUGGGAAGAUGGAGUAAGUAUAUAUGUGAUUCUGCAAUUUUCAGAACUGUUUGAGCCAGGGAGGUGGGUUUCCAGAAAUUACAAAUUGAACCCCACAUGGGCGGCAUUUUGGGUUGAAGGACCAAAACAAAAAAUGAUAUGUAAUAUAGGGACCAAAAUUGUAAUUAUCCCAAGUUUGUUAUAAAAAAUAU